AUGUCUGUGACCUCUGCCCUCUUGCUGCUGCUCCUGAGUCAGGCCACUGCGGAUCCUUGCUAUGACCCAGGGGGCCGGCCCCGUUUCUGCCUCCCACCUGUCACCCAGCUGGCCACUGUGACAGGCUCCUGUCCCCAGAUCUGCACUCUCUCCCCACGGCUGGACCUGGGGCUCCAGGCUUCCUGCAAUGGCAGCCGGGCGCUGACCCUGGGUGGCCCCUUCCUCCUGACAUCCGUCAGCCUGCGCUUUUGCAGCCCAGGGCCCCCGGCUCUAGUCUUGUCUGUGGCCUGGGCUGAAGGGGGUCCCUGGAGGCCACUGUGGCGCAGAUCCCCCUGGCCUGGGGCCUUGGGUGGCCCUGAACGGGUGACCUUCCGUGCUCCCCCAGUACCUAAGGUCAGCGUGGUGGCCAGCCACCUCCUUGUUGAGCUUGGAGGCCGGGCAGGACUGGCCGCAGCCGGUGUGAGAGGUCGCUGCCAGUGCCACGGCCAUGCUGCCCGCUGUGCGGCCCGCUCAAGGCCCCCCCGCUGCCGCUGUCGCCACCAUACCACGGGCCCUGGGUGCGAGAGCUGCCGUCCAUCCCACCGCGACUGGCCUUGGCGGCCUGCAACGCCCCAACACCCCCACCCCUGCCUGCCCUGCUCCUGCCACCAGCACGCCCGCCGCUGCCGCUUCAACGCCGAGCUCUUCAGGCUGUCGGGUGGCCGGAGUGGUGGUGUCUGUGAGCGGUGCCGCCACCACACAGCCGGGCGGCACUGCCAUUACUGCCAGCCGGGGUUCUGGAGGGACCCCAGCCAGCCUAUCACCAGCCGCAAAGCCUGCCAGGCCUGCCAGUGCCACCCUAUUGGGACGACAGGUGGUGUCUGCAACCAGACCAGCGGGCAGUGCUCCUGCAAGCUGGGGGUCACAGGCCGCAGGUGCAACCGUUGCAGCCCCGGCUACCAGCAGAGCCGUUCCCCGAGGAUGCCCUGCCAGCGAAUCCCAGAGGCGACCACCACUCUCGCCACAACCCCUGGUGCCUACAGCUCUGACCCUCAGUGUCAAAACUACUGCAACGUUUCGGACACCAGGGUACACAUGAGCCUUGGGAGAUACUGCCAGCAAGACUACGUUCUCCACGUGCAAGUGCUGGCGAUCGAGGUAGCAGGCCCCGCGUGGUGGCGGCUGGCAGUGCGUGUCCUGGCCGUGUUCAAGCAGCGGAAGCGGCCGGUGCCCCGCGGUGGCCAGGACGCCUGGGUGCCCCAUGCUGAUCUGGCCUGCGGCUGCCUGCGCCUACAACCUGGCACCGACUUCCUGCUGCUGGGCAGCGCGGCCGGUGGCCCCGACCCUGAGCGCCUCGUCCUUGACCGCCAUGGUCUGGCGCUGCCCUGGAGGCCUCGCUGGGCUCGGCCGCUGAGGAGGUUGCAGCAGGAAGAGCGUGCCGGAGGUUGCCGGGACCCACCGCUUCCGACCGCUGGCGGCCACAGGCCUGAGCAGUAG